AUGAUGGAACCUCGUCGCACAUCGAGUGUUUAUUCCGACACGUUCGAGCUCGAAGACCUGCUGCUACGGCUUACGAAGCAGGCUGAUGAACAGCACGAUACGGCCAUCGCCGUCUUACGGCAAGAGAACCUGGCGCUCUAUCGCGAGCUCAGGGAGGUGCGGCAGCUGUGCAGGGUCAUAAGCGGCCGCGUACGUGAGCUUUUUGAUUUGACCGAUCAGCUGCAAGAACUGCUCAGAGCAACACGGUCGCGAUUGGAGCAGGAAAGAGCUAGCUAUCUUGCAAAUUGUACCGCAUUUUAG